CUGACGUUUUUGUAUGGAAUCAAGCUCGCAGCAGGAUCCACUGUGGCUGUGCACGAUUGACGGGAACGUUUGACGGUAACGUCAUAAGGUGUGGCGGCCAGCGUCACCAUUUGGAUAAAUACCCCGCGGCCUGCUCUCUGUUCCUGGUUUUAUCCAUCAGACAUCCUAAUCCUUGACUUCGCCAAUCCCUUUUUUCAUCUACUCCUCAAAUCAAAUACAGACCUAUCAUAAUGUCAGACUACACCACCGUCCACGUCUCAGGCAUCGCCUCCUCUACUUCGGACAAGGAGGUCCAGGACUUCUUCAGCUUCUGCGGCAAGAUUGUCAACAUCUCUGUCACUCCUACUUCCAGUGAAGCCAACGCUCCCAAGUCGGCAACCGUGACAUUCGAAAAGGAUGCUGCUGCCAAAACAGCCCUUCUCCUCGACCAGACUCAGCUCGGCCCCUCCGUCGUGACCGUCAAAGCCGCGCAAUCCCUCGAGGAUAUUGCCGGCGAGCAGGGCGCCUCAGCCACCCAAGCCAAAGACGAGAACCACCACGACAUCGAGCAGGAAGAUAAGCCCCGCUCGCGCAUUCUUGCAGAAUAUCUCGCCCAUGGCUACGCAAUCAGUGACCAAGCCCUCCAGAAAGCUAUUGCUCUUGAUCAGAAGCACGGCUUCUCCUCCCGCUUCACGAGCGUGCUGGGUAACUUCGAUAAGAAGACCGGCGCUACUGACCGCGCUAGAGGCCUUGAUGAGAGCUACAAGCUCAGUGAUAAGGCCGCUAGUGGCUGGCGCGGACUGCACAGCUACUUCGAAAAGGCCCUCGGCACGCCCUCUGGCCAGAAGCUGCGCGAUUUCUACUCCCAGACCGAUAAGCAGGUUCGCGAUAUCCACAACGAAGCCAGGAGACUCGCAGAUUUGAAGGCCGGAAAGCCAGAGAAGACUGAGGGUGAGGGUUCUGCCGCGACUGAGGCUGCCCCUGCCCCUGCUCCUGGCGUGGAACCUCAAGCUGCCCAAGCUGCUCCGGCUACGACUGAAAAGGCAUAAACGCCUUCUCUCUACCAAGGCGUUAAUGAUUAUACAUUGAUGACCACGCCUGGUUUUUUGUGUUUUUUUCUAUGAUCCUUUUUCCCCAUUGUGUUUCUAGCAUGAUGACUUUUUGGAUUACUCUUCUUUUCAUUCUUAUGUUCAUAGUCGAUUACCCUGGCUGUCUGGGACAGAAGUUUACGAACUGAGCUUUAAUAACAUUCCAUGCACGAUCAAUUUCACAAUUCGCGUAACAACAGUAAAAUUAUAGUGUUAAUAGAUGUACUAUCA